AUGCCCUCCACGCCAGACCCCUUUGACCAUGUGCUCAACAUCGAGGAAAACUUCUACCAACGAGGCUACAGCCAGGGCCUCGUCGACGGCGAGAGAGCAGGCCGCGCAGAAGGCCGCUCCUUUGGCCUGCAGCAGGGGUUCGACAAAUUCCUCGAGAGUGGCCGCCUAGCCAGUCGAGCCAUCGUAUGGGCCAACAGAAUAGCCCCCCGGGCGCGGCACAGUCAAGCAGAGGGGCCCGACGGCUCCGAGGCGCAGGACAACGGCAAGACGUGUGCGUUGCCCCCAUUGCCCACGCACAACCCAAGGCUGGACAAGAAUGUAAGAAUGCUGUACUCCCUGCUUGAGCCGGAUACACUGUCGACCGAGAAUACGGACGAGGCUGUUCAGGACUUCGACGACCGGGUCAAGAGAGCGCAGGGAAAGGCCAAGGUUGUAGAAAGGAUGGUUUCCACGAACGCAUGA